AAAAAAAAACAGGCUGUUUGUUUACUUUCUAAUAGAUAGGCUGUUUAACUGUAAAUAGUCUGUUUGUUUACUUUCUAAUAGACAGGCUGUUUAACUGUAAAUAGUCUGUUUGUUUACUUUCUAAUAGACAGGCUGUUUAACUGUAAAUAGGCUGUUUAACUGUAAAUAGGCUGUUUAACUGUAAAUAGGCUGUUUAACUGUAAAUAGGCUGUUUGUUUAGUUUCUAAUAGAUAGGCUGUUUAACUGUAAAUAGUCUGUUUGUUUACUUUCUAAUAGACAGGCUGUUUAACUGUAAAUAGGCUGUUUAACUGUAAAUAGGCUGUUUGUUUACUUUCUAAUAGGCAGGCUGUUUAACUGUAAAUAGGCUGUUUAACUGUAAAUAGGCUGUUUGUUUACUUUCUAAUAGGCAGGCUGUUUAACUGUAAAUAGGCUGUUUGUUUACUUUCUAAUAGACAGGCUGUUUAACUGUAAAUAGGCUGUUUGUUUACUUUCUAAUAGACAGGCUGUUUAACUGUAAAUAGGCUGUUUAACUGUAAAUAGGCUGUUUGUUUACUUUCUAAUAGACAGGCUGUUUAACUGUAAAUAGGCUGUUUGUUUACUUUCUAAAAGACAGGCUGUUUAACUGUAAACAGCCAGUCUAUUAGAAAGUAAACCAACAGCCUGUUUUUUUUUUACUGAUCUUCACCUUUUUCUAUGACAACCUGAAAAGAUUCAGUUCAGUGUUACUAUGGGACAUUUUAUGAGUUUAGCUUUCUUUCAGGCAGCAGAUCUUUGCCCAUUGCUGUAUGCAGCUGGAGCUGCAGCUAUCGCCACAGGAGUUUUUUAUUAUUAUAUUAGGAAUCAUGGUUCUGACCCAGUGGAUCCAGCAUUUUAUCCACUGAUCCAUGAUGUUGUCCCCAAUGCCACACCAGAACAGUUUAAUUCUUUUAUUAAUGCUGUGCCCUCGUAUCCGGGGUCUUAUUUCUAUGGCAUGGACUUUACCCGUGUUAGUAGGGAACAGUAUGCUGUGAUGAUCACACAGUAUGUAUUGCAGCACAGGAGGACAGAUCUGAUCAGGGUUCUGCUGCAGAUAACUAUGGAGUGUGAGAGUCAAAGCUACCGUCAGCACAGGUUGUGGCUUCCACGUCAUAUUCACAAAUCUGAUUUUCCCAAGUCCAUUGCUUGUGUGCUGCCAGUGGUGCGCAGCCGUCAGUGUGAGAUACUGAAGGUGUUUUUACAGUAUGGCAUGCUGGAGCACUUCCCAAACCCCGCCUCUAUCAUCACCUGGAUCCUGUUCACCCCCAUCCCCAAUGACACACCUCUUGAUGCCAUCAUCAUCUGUGCACAGGAGUGUAUGGUGCUAUGUCUGCGUGUGAUCACAUACAUCAAUAUCACUCACAUACAGCGGUUCAUUCGCAGAAACCACACCCCCCUUCUUGUGGAUUGGAGGUCUCGUAUCCCAGCAUGCCGAUAUCACGAACCGUGUGAACUUGUACACUUGUGCCGAGUGGCUUUGAGGAGGAGACUGCUGAUCACUGGAGGACUUCCAGAUGCCAUCAGGGACCUCCCUUUAGAAAGACGUCUCCAAGACUACCUCAAUCUGGAGUAUUGACACACCCUCUACACCACUGGGGGGACAACUUGAAUAAACAAGUCAUUAAAAUGCCCUAAGCCUUAAAUAAUAGCUAUUUAAUUCUGUGUUUAAUUGCUACACACUCAGAAGGGAUGUGAACAUCAGAGAGAGAAAUGGUAUGCAUGUUUUGUAAAACCAAUCAUCAAUCAUAAUUAUCUUGAAAGUUGUAGGCCAAAGAUAAAUAAUGUUUUAUUAUAUAAUAAUGUGUCCCCCCCCCACCCCAUCCCCAUAAGGUAUUUUUAUUUUUAGUGAAAUUAUGAAAAUAAUUAAUAAUUAUGAAAUAAUUAUUCCUGUGCCACUGCUGAAUCUAACAGUGAUACCAUCCAGUGAGUCUGGAAGCCAUCUGAUUAUUUUCUACUGUUUUGGAGACAUUUCAAUGUAUUUUGAAGUCACAUGCUUUUACAGGUCUUCAGGUGCCUUAUAUAUAGUCCCCUGGUAUAUUUGCCAUAGUUGCCCUUUUGGGUCUGCUGCUUUUUCACCCUUUAAAUACAGUAUUACUUGGAGUAAGCCAUUUAAAAAAUUUGUAGUAAAUUAUAAUUAGUUAUACUAUUAUACAUAUAAUAACUUGCCCCUGGUUAACUUAUAUGGUAAAUUUAGUCCAGUAGCCUAAGUAAUAUGAUUUUUUAUAUAUAUAUAA